AUGUCUCUCUCACGAGCGCUCUAUAACGAAUUCCAGCCCUAUUUCCGCCUAUUCGAAGACCCCUUCGUGUAUCAACCCUCCUCAAGGCGGUCUGUAGGUGACCCCACUGGAUGGCAUCGAUCCAGUCCAGCGCUCAACCUACAGGAAGAAGAGGAUGGAUCUUACGUCAUCGAAGCCGAAGUUCCAGGAGUCAGGAAAGAGAACCUCGAUGUUCGCGUUGGCGAUGGCGGCAGGAGCCUCACCAUCGAAGGUCGUGUCGUGCGCCGCAGUCAACAGCAACAGCAAGACACUCCUCAACAACAGGAAGCAACCACCGCCACUCCUGCUGACACUAGUAAUAACGCAUACCAGAAGUCCUCUUCUACAGCUGUAGUCCCAUCGUCGAAUGGUAAGCAGCCAUCUCUUUGUUCCGACGACCGAGCUGAUACUAAUACUUUGAUUGCAGAUACCGAAAAACAAGUGUCCACCAAUACUUCUUGGGCUGGCAGUCGCACAUUCUCUCGCACCGUGUGGCUUCCACAUGCAAUCAACAGGGAGGGCAUCACGGCCAGGCUCGAAGAUGGCAUCUUGACAAUUCGCGCUCCUAGAGCUAGUCAAGAGGCCUUCAGUGUUCGCGUCGAUUAA